GUGCUGCUGCUGUGUUGUGACACUGUGUCUCUGAAGGUGUGAAAACUUUAUCUGCUUUAUCUCAACACCACGUGCUCUAAUGAGAAUCUAGUGCACUAUGUGGUACUGCAGUGUGAUCGGUUUAGGACGCAGACAGAGCGCGCGCCUUCACCAGGAGCAGACAAGGAGUGUGUGCGUGAAGCUGCGCGUGGUCUUUGCGCUCCCUGUAAUCCAAGUUAUUUGUUUGUUUGUUUGUUUGUUUUGUUUAUUGUUCAGUGUGAACGAUGUCAGCCGCCGGUAACACGUCGCUUGUCCCCUUAACUAACUUCACCAACCGGUUCGCGCAGCCGCCGUGGCGCGUGGCUCUGUGGUCGCUGGCGUACAGCUUGGUGCUGGUGGUCGCCGUGUUCGGGAACCUGGUGGUCAUCUGGAUCAUCGUGGCGCACAAGCGCAUGCGGACGGUCACCAACUACUUCCUACUGAACCUGGCGGUGGCGGACGCGGCCAUGGCGGCUCUUAACACACCAGUGAACUUCGUGUACGCGGCGCACGGAGACUGGUACUUCGGGGACGCGUACUGCAAGUUUCACAACUUCUUCCCGGUGGCCGCCGUGUUCGCCAGCAUCUACUCCAUGACUGCCAUCGCUGUGGACAGGUACAUGGCCAUCAUCCACCCCCUGAAACCACGUUUCUCAUCCACUUUAACCAGAGUGGUGAUCGUGUGUGUGUGGAGCUCGGCCGUGGUGCUGGCCUUCCCUCUCUGCUUCUACUCAAAGACCAGAGCCAUUCCCAAGAGGACGCUGUGCUAUGUGGCCUGGCCCCGCCUCCGCAGCGAUGCCUUCAUGUACCACAUCAUUGUAGCAGUGCUGGUGUAUCUGCUGCCCCUAGUGGUGAUGGCGAUCACAUACAGCGUGAUAGGAGUCACACUGUGGGGCGGCGGCAUGCCAGAAAACUCCUCUGACAACUACGUGGAGCAGCUACAGGCAAAGCGCAAGGUGGUGAAGAUGAUGAUGGUGGUGGUGGGGACCUUCGCUCUGUGCUGGUUGCCGUAUCAUGUCUAUUUCAUCAUUACAGGUCUUUACUCCAACAUCAGCAGGUGGAAGUUUAUCCAGCAGGUUUAUCUGGCUGUGUUGUGGCUCGCUAUGAGCUCCACCGUUUACAACCCCAUCAUCUACUGCUGCCUCAACAGCAGGUUCCGUGCAGGUUUUAAGCAAGCGUUUCGCUGGUGUCCCUUCAUCACCGUGUCUCACCAGGAUGAGCUGGAGCUGAAGACGACGAGAUUCCAGCGGAACCGUCAGAGCAGCCUGUUCACCGUGACCCGCCUGGAGUCCAGUGCCGACACACACACCUCUCACUCCUCACGCCGCAAGAGUUCCGCCGCCAGUCGGCACAGCAGCCUCGGCAGCCAGUCACGACUCGCCACCCGCCUCUCUCUGAACGGCUGUCAGCACACCGUAAACACCACGCCCACCUAGAGCUUUCAGCCAAUCAGACACCACAAUUAGAGGAGUUACGAACAGAAAUUUGUGACGUGUGUAAUUAAGACUGAAUAACUCUAAAAAGUCUCUAAAUGUUACUGAAUUUCCUGUUAAAUUACUUUUUAAGUGUGAGAUCGUAGGCUGAUGAUGUCAUAGUUUGAGUUAAAUUAACCAAUCAGCAGCUUUGCAUCAAAUCAGACUCAGUUUAACUUCACACACAUUACACACACUCGCUAUAAUCACACUUUCUUUCUUUCUUUCUUUCUUUCUUUCUUUCUUUCUUUCUGUUACAUUAUUUUACUUAUUUUUAUACCAGUUUUUUAACUCUACAUUAAUUGGUGUUUGUUUUUGAGACAUUUAAGAGCGUCACAUAAAUCCAUCAUUCAGCUCAUAAAAGCUCUGAAACUGUUUGACUUCCAAACAAACGCUUCUGACUUUCACUCGACAGAAACGAGUCUGAAAUGAGAUUUUAUGAAUGUUAGUGUUCAGUUGUGCAGCAGGCUGAAGGUGGAGCUCAGUGUGUGAGAGAGAACAGGACUGUGUGAUUUACUCGUCUACAGUGUGAUCUGUUCAUUCUCACACUGUUUAUGUUCUUCUCAGCAUCCGGCGUACCUUCUCUCUCUCUCUCUCUCUCUCUCUCUCUCUCUCUCUCUCUCUCUCUCUCUCUCUGGUGAAACAUUGUGUGGGGACAUUAGACAAUUUUCAAUUUUUAUCAUUUCAAUUUCUAAAUUUUAUUUCCUAACAGACUCACAGACACACACACACACACACACACACACACACACACACACACACACACACACACACACACACCACAAUCAGACCUGAAUAACAGUCAUAUUGUUUAUUAGCAUGUCUUUAUAUCCUAAUUGCUAAUUAGCAGCUUUCUCUCUGCAGCACUGAGUGUAAACUAUAUGUGUGUUUAAUAUCAUUAUUAUAAACAUUAUAUAACCUGAACACAUAAUUAACACUGAUGUCAUCUGUAUCACUUCCUGUUUAUUAGCUGGUUUUUAGACACUAACAGACCCACAAUGUAAAUGCCUCGUGUUUCAUUGUAGAGUUUUUAAUAAAUGGAUUGUAAACUUCAGCAUGAGAAAAAAUCCUCUGGAUGUCAUUAAUGUGUGUAAACAGAUUUUAUUUUUUAUGUUAAA